AUGUAUCAUCUGGCCAAGUCAUUGUACAUGUACGCCACAAGUAAAGAAGAAUACUCCGUCCUCCUCCUCGGGCUCGACAACGCCGGCAAAACCACGCUCCUGUCGCAAAUUAAAGCCCUCUACCAGCCACGGCCCGAUGGCGCGCCGGCGCCCAACCCCGGCAAGACUGUCCCGACCGUCGGCCAGAACGUCGCGACCAUCUCGCUCCCGGACAUGAACCUGAAGAUCUGGGACGUGGGCGGCCAGAUCUCCAUGCGCAACCUGUGGCAGAGCUACUACUCCAGCUGCCACGCGAUCAUCUUCGUGGUCGACAGCACCGACGUCGGCCAGGACCCGGAUAUCAGCCGGCUCGCGAAUCGACGGCCCAGCUCGGCGUCCGGGCCCGGAAACGACGCCUUCACGGAGGAGUCGGUGGGCAUUGACGCGCCGGGGAGCGAGUUCGGCCGUCUCGACGAGUGUCGCCAGGUGCUGGAGUCGGUGCUGCAGCAUUCAGAUGUGGCGGGCGUGCCGAUUCUAGUGCUGGCGAAUAAGCAGGACCGCGAGGACUCUGUCGAGGUGGUGCGGAUUAAGGAGGGGUUUGUGCGGAAGGUGUUUGAGGGGGAGACGGGCACCGCGCUGCGUGACAGUCGCGUGCUGCCUGUGAGUGCGUUGAUGGGGUCCGGGGUGCAGGAGGCCGUGGAGUGGGUGCAGAGUCGGGUGAAGUGGAAUAAGGAGGGAAGGCCGCCUAUCAUGAAGUGA